AUGACGCCAGUGACGCCGCAUUCCGCUGUACCCCCCCCGCCACCGCCGCAUCCUCCACACUCCCAGGCCUACGGCGAAGACCGGCGGCAUGUGAGCUUCGACAACGGCUCACAGCCAGGAGGAAUGUAUAGCAGACAGCCGAGCUACCAACCCCCGACCCCGCUACCGCACCCUCAACCCUACGAUUACCCGCCGCAGUACGCCUCGCAUGGCGAGCUCCCGUACCCGAUCCAAGUCGCGGCCGCGACGGGGAAGCGCAAGGCGCAGCGAGCGUCGCAGGCCUGCGACAUGUGCCGCCAGCUGAAGGCUAAGUGUGACGAGCUCAAACCUUGUAAGAGCUGCAAGGAGAAGAACGUCGAAUGCAAGUAUCGAGAGGCCGUUCCGAAGCAGCAAGACAAGAUGGCGGCAGACAUACUGGAUGCGCUCUUAACGCUGCAGAGCAAGUUCGAGACGUUCGAGCAGCGCAUGGACAGGCUCGAGCAUAUGGUGGCCCUCAACCGGCCCUCGGCUGCCCCUACCGCCGAGCCCGCGCGGGACGAGGACGAGCGGCCCGAAUCGGCCGAAUCAGCAGCCCCCGUGGCCGGGGACGGCGACCCAGGGUCGCCCGGGGAAGCGGCACCAACGCAGGCGCCCAUAGACAUCGUCCAGGCAAGGGCUAUCACGCGCGACAUGGAGGAAGAGAAGGAGGUCGAGCCCGGCCCCGUAGUGCCGCCCGGCGUCCCCUCGAUUCCACCCAACCACACCACGCUAGCGGCUUUUCUCCUCAAGUGGCGGCCCAUCGCGGUCCUCGUCCGUGACAUCCUGGAAGCCGAGAACGUCAAGUACGUCGGCGAGUUCCCGAUCCGGCAGGAAGAGAAGCGUGGUCUGCUGCGAGUCUGGGGCCGUGGCGAGGGCCUGGAGAGCAGCCUUCGGUUCGACAAAGCCGACAGGGAGGCCAUCCGCGACGCCGGCGCGAUGGAGGUGGUGCAGGACGAUGUUUCGGAUGCCGGCGGCGCUCCCUCGCCCGCCGAUUGCUGGGGCGGCAUCAGCGGCUCGCCCGCGCCCAUCGAUGGCAAGCCAGUCAUCGGGCUGCAGACGCCCGACUUCAGCGAGUCACUUGUAUGGAAGUACGUCAAGAGCUACCAGGACAACAUCCAGAACAUGCACCCGCUCAUCAUCCCCUUCGAAUUGAACGCUAUGGUGAAGCUCUUCUUGGACACCGUCCAACAGAGCCUCGGCAGGCAGUCUCGAAGCAGCGGCAUCGCCAAGUUUGCCGUGACCCCGUCUCCGCAAUCCGAGACCGGAUCGAAGAGGAAGCGGUCUCCGGGUCCCGAGGGUGCGGGCGGCGAGUCGCCGUCGGGGUCGCCCAAGUCGGCCAAGCCCGUGUUUCAGAGGUCCAUCAACAACGCGCUAGUCUUGCUGGUGCUUGCGCUCGGGAAGAUCUGCCUGCACAAGGACAGGAUACCGGACGUGGUGCCGGUCAGCGAGCCGCCGCACGGCUCGCCGCUGGCGCGGAACGGGUAUCCAGCGUCUCCCAUCCAGGCCUCCUCGCCAUCCCAGUCGUCGAACCCGCACUCGGCCGGCUUUCCCUCGCCCAAGGAAGGGGCCGAGCGCCCGGGACCAGGUAGCAGGCGGUCCUCCUUCCAAGGAGGAGGAGGAUCGUCCCUCAGGGGUGGGACUUCUCUCAAGAGGAAUAUGGACGUGAUCCCCGGGUUGGACUACUUCGCAUAUGCCACCGACAUCCUUGGGGGCCAACUGGCCGGAACUAGCCUGCGGCAUAUACAUGCCUAUCUCCUCGCCGGAUUGUAUCACGGCCAAUUGGGGAGGGUCUUGGAGAGCUAUGCCUACAUCAAAGAGGCCGGCUUUGCGUUGCAGAUCAAGAUGAGGCCAAGCCUAGACCGGUUCAGAAAGCUGCAGGAGAGCAUGCACGUCAAUCAGAAUGCGGUGACCCAGAAGACGGACAACCAACUCGUCUUCGCCUUCUGGACUUGCCUGCAGCUGGAGAGCGACAUAAUUGCCGAGUUGCCCCUUCCGCAGUCGCACAUCCUGGCUUACGAAGACAUGAUGCCGUACCCCAACAUUCAGGUGGCGCAGACACUGGGCUUCGACGAGCAUGUGCUCCAGAGCUACCUCGCGCAGUUAUACCUGCGGAAGAGCUUGAACCAGAUUCACGGCAUGCUCUACAACCCCGAGAAGCCGCAGCCGCUCCAGCGGGGCAACAUCAUCGAGCACAUCCAGGAGUCCCUCGACAUGCGCUUCGUGCCACCCCGGUUCAAGUUCAACCACAGCGACCCGCCGGCAGGGGACAUUCUGUCGGCACGUCUGCGCGCCAAGUAUUGGGGUGCACAGGUGAUCACGUACCGGCCGUUCGUCCGCCAGAUCCUCGAGUUCAACUUCCAGAGAACGUACCCGAACGAGGCUCCGAUGCCCGAGUCCGACUUCCGGACCGACGUCUCGAUACCUGUCAUCGGCCCUGACGCCAGGUCGGCGGAUGACAUUCCCCAGGAGAUCAUCGAUUAUGCCGUCAAGGGCAUUCAAGCUCUCAUCGAAAGCACCCGCGCAUUUCACGGCCUGAAGGAGAAGCGGUUCAUCGUCACCAACGUUUUCGGGACAGCUCAUGCGCAAUGGGGCAAUCUCCUGACGCUUUCGGCCGUGUUCAGAGAUCCCACGCUCCAUCGGUUUGUCGAUGAGCAGACCCUCAAGGAACUCUUCGCCAGGACGAUCGCCUUCUUCAAGGUGAUCGCGCACCCGACGAGCGCGCUCCACAUCGACCUGCGCAUCCUGGAAGGCCUGGAGCGCGAGCUCUGGGGGAAGAACAGCAACAGCACAGACGCGUCGGACCAUCCGACCGGAUCCAGCUUCUCGAGCACCGGCAGCGGCGGCGCCGGGCACCCGCCGCCCGCUCCUCCUCCUCCGCCUCCCGUGGCCCCGAUGCCGCCCGUCGCCGGACCGGUCGGCAUGCACUCCCCGGUCAACCACGCCACCGGCGGCGGCGGCGGGAGGCUAGCCAUGUCGCCCCCGCUGGCGUCGCCCCUGCCGCAGGCCUUCUCCGAGGGCGCAAUGAUGGCCCCGGCGGCGCCCGUGUCUGCUUCCGACGGCGGUCCCGGGUCUCAUGCUGCGAUGUUGCCCCCGACGCAGCACCAUCCACCACCACCUCUCUAG